AUGGAUUUGGUGGAGAGCUACAUGAAGAAGCCCAACAGCAUCGUCCUGGCGGUUGUCUCUGCCGAAAACGAACUGGAAAGCAGCGUACCCUUGGACAAGCCGGACUUGAUCCAUCCAGGAUCCCCAGAGGAGAACGAGUAUCUGAAAAUUGCUCGAAGCCACGAGGCUGCUAGCAACUUGGGCCUUGGCUGGCACGUUCUAUGCAACCGCAAGGAUGACGAAGACCUCGAUCCGCGGGAGUUUGUCGAGGAGGAAUUCUUCGAAUCAGGUCUCUGGUCGUCAAUUCCCGCCCCUGAUGGGCGGCGAAAUUCGGACUCUGCAACCUCCUCGUGGUGCCGCCUGGGAACAUAUCUUUUCUAA